GACGCAGUUACGUGUUGCUUCAAGUCCCAGUGGACUGACGGAGUCUCGUCUUGACAUACACUCGAACGCGAGCAGCAUAACCGCACACGGACAGCACCUGAAGGACGCCGAGGAUAAAAGUACAGUUCGUCCACGUUUGAACUCCAUGUGCAAGAGAGGAGUUGAACUGAAUUCGGAUGACAGCAAACAAAAUUAGUGCUUCACUGCAAAUGGCCAUUGUGAAGAUCUUUUGAAGGAGAACGGUGCCAAAGGGCAUAUUUUCUCCACAAUUGUGUGUUUUUCCGCCCCCUUGGAUAUAUCUGUCUAUCCUAUAAAAUAAUAAUAAUAAUAAUAAUAAUAAUCGAACGCCAGCGAAGCAAGCAGAAGAUGGAUGUGGCGGCUGAUCAGCCCCGUUGGAUGCACCCCCACGCCGUGCUGAACGGCCAGCACCCGGACUCGCACCAUCCCAGCCUGGGCCACAACUACAUGGAGACUUCGACCCAGCUGCUGCCCCCGGACGAAGUGGAUGUCUUCUUUAACCACCUGGACUCUCAGGGAAACCCGUACUACCACAACCCUGCCAGGGCCAGAGUGUACAGCCCGGCGCACGCUCGCCUGACGGGGACACAGGUGUGCCGGCCCCAUCUCAUCCACAGCCCGGGGAUCUCAUGGCUGGACGGGAGCAAAGCGGCUCUGUCGGCCCACCACCACAACGCGUGGGCCGUGAGCCCCUUCAGCAAGCCGAGCCUGCACCACCCGGGCUCGGCGUCCCCCGGAGGCCUGUCGGCGGUCUACCCGUGCAGCAGCACGUCGACCGCGGCCUCCGCAAGCUCGCUCACACCGCCGUCCCACUCCAGCCCGCACCUGUACACUUUCCCCCCGACGCCGCCGAAGGACGUCUCGCCGGACCCGGGGGCCGCCUCGCCGAGAAUGGACGAGAAGGAAUGUAUUAAAUACCACGUUUCGUUUUCGGAAGGGAUGAAGAUGGAGGGUUCGAGCCCGAUGAGAAGCGGUCUGGCCCCAAUGGGUGCUCAGAGCGCUUCCACCCAUCACCCCUUAGCGACGUAUCCCACCUACUCGCUGCCUGCCGCUCACGAGUACGGCGGCAGCCUGUUUCACCCGGGCAGCCUCCUCGGGGCUUCGCCCGGCUUCAGCAGCAAGAGCAAAGGCAAGACUCGGUCCUGCACCGAGGGCCGAGAGUGUGUGAACUGCGGCGCCACAUCCACGCCUUUGUGGAGACGGGACAGCACCGGACACUACCUGUGCAAUGCCUGCGGGCUGUACCACAAGAUGAACGGCCAGAACCGACCACUCAUCAAGCCCAAACGCAGACUGUCGGCAGCCAGACGAGCAGGCACCUGUUGCGCUAACUGCCAGACGACCACCACCACGCUCUGGCGGCGCAACGCUAAUGGAGAUCCAGUGUGCAACGCCUGCGGCCUCUAUUACAAGCUGCAUAAUGUGAACCGACCCCUGACCAUGAAAAAAGAAGGGAUACAGACGCGAAACAGGAAAAUGUCCAGCAAGUCCAAAAAGAUCAAGCGCGGCAGCGACAGUUACGAGGAGUUUACCAAGAGUCUUCAUGACAAGAACUCGACCUUCAGCUCCCUGGCAGGACACAUGUCCAUGGGCCACUUGCCACCUUUCAGCCACGCCGGACACAUGCUGCCCACUCCCACCCCGAUACACCCGUCCUUUGGCCACCCGCACCAUUCCAAUAUGGUGACGGCCAUGGGCUGAGGCGGAUCAAGCUGGACGACACAACGUCAAGACAUUUGAGGGUCUUCUGAUUGUUUAUGCAAACGGUAUGUUGGGCAAAAUGAGGCCAAUCUCUAGGUACCUAACGCUUCAUAGAGGCAGACAGACGUACUUCCUGUCAACCCAAUACACACACACACACACACACACACACACACACACACACACACACACACACACACACACACGCACACACACACACACAAUAAUACAGCUUUGUCAUUGCUAACUUCCAACGGAUUGACAGGACUGCAUUGUGGUUCAGUUUGUGCGGGUAUGUUUAUAGGAACUGUGAAUAUUGUACAGAAGAGGGCGGUGAACCAAUCUCCUCCAAUACAUUAAAUAAAAAUAUGCUGGAUUUCUUUUUUUUUUUUUUUUUUUGCCAUCACAGAAAAUUACACGC